GACUUUUUCUUGUCAGAAUAUUCCCCUUGGUGUACGUGAUAUAUAGCCAACAAAUUUGCUGUCCAAGACAAACUGACAGCUAGUCAAACAGUACAAGCCAGUUUAAUAGAAUCUACCAAGCAAGUAAAAAAUGAGCGACCGUAUAGUUCCUCGAGGUUUGAUGUCAAGAGGUGGCCCAGCACCAAGCGGCGCACAGUAUGUCAAACCAAUGGGCGCUGUGAGACUUCCCGACCCAGGCUUGAAUGAAGAGCCAAGCUACCACGGUACAAGAAGUCGUGGCCUUAUCUUUCCUCAAAAUGGUUCCCAUUUUCAAGGUGGAGACGACACAGUUGCUACAGACAAAGUUAGAAAAGGUCUCACAAGAGCAGACUCCGGAAUAUAUUCUGGAGGACUUGAUAGUUCAAUGAAGUCUAUGACUAUUUCUUCACACCCCAAAUUGCAACCAUCUCAUAAUCACCAUCAAGGCAACAAUAAAAUCAGGCGACCCACUGUUGGACAAGCCAAGACUACAAGAAUUGUAGAAAUGAGCAAAAGCAACAACAGCAGCACAGUACAGGCUCCAAGCCUGAGAUCAAACAGUCCAUCACUAACCUAUAGUUCAACACAACCUAGUUACGGACAAUACCCUUCGAGUUACAGCACACCAAUGCAUCACUACACCACCUACACACAGCAGCCACAGCAGCAACAUUUUGUUGACGUGCGUUCCAUGCUACAAGAAAACCUGCACUUUUUCAUGCAAGACAAAGAAGGUGACACAGGACUGCAUUUGGCAGUUAUACAUUCCCAACCUGACGUACUGGAUAGACUUCUUUACCUCAUGACAAAGGAGCCAAUGCUACAAGCAGUUAUAGAUGAGCAGAAUGCCUUGUAUCAGACUGCACUACAUCUGGCUGUACACACCCAGCAAAUAGACAUUAUCCGGAAACUCCUGUUGUCAGGCGCUUCUCUGAAUGUGCCAGACCACAAAGGAAACACUGCCUUGCACAUAGCUGCACAAUUCAGCUCUACCAAGUCGUUAGAAGAACUCGCUCUGUACGUGCCCAUGCAGACACUGUUAGAAGUGGCCACCACGAGAAACAACGAGGGACAAACUUGUGUACAUGUUGCUGCUCAAUACGGAAACACAGACGUGCUACGAAAACUGAAAAGCUAUGGAGUCAAUAUUGAUAUGCAGGAUCACAAAAGUGGAAGAACUGCUCUCCAUUUAUCAGUUGAGAACGCGUCUCUAAGGGAUGUCCAAUUUCUCCUUGAAACUUGCCACGCUGACGUGAAUGCAACCACGUUUACUGGAUGCACCUGUCUACACAUAGCUGCUGGACGAGGCGAUAUCUCAACAGCUGCUUACCUCCUCUCCCAAGGAGCUAACCCAGACCUACAAACAGACGAGGGUGACACUGCCCUGGAGAUAGCAGGCUCUGCUGAGGUCAAUUCUCUUCUCGCAAAAGCUGCUGCUCUGAAAUGGAUAUACUAAAACUGUGUAUACAUGACUUGUGUUGUUUGUGUGUCGUGUGUCGUGUGUUUGUGAUUUUAAAUUUUCUGCACUCUUAACCUUGCAUGCCUAUUUUGUUCUCGUCAAACUUUCAUUCUAUCUGUUUUCAAUAAGAUUUAGAGCAAUACUGA